AAACUGGGAAUCCACCCUCCUCUAGAACUGGGACCGGUGAAUCUCACUGAUGGAGAUUAUACUUACUACCUGAACUUUUAUAAGUUCUGGACUGAAUUCCCGUACCUACAAAGUUAUCAGUGCUCACUCAAACUCACGCCACAUGGCCAGUUUGAGAAGAAGACCACUCAACCACUUUUGAUCAUGGCUAUAAAAUCCCACCCAGACUUCAGCACAAGACGAACAAUGCUGAGACAAACAUGGGCUACAGAGAGGGAGGUCAAUGGGUACUGGGUAAAACCCAUCUUUCUUACAGCACAAGCUGACAAUCCCAGACAGAUGGAACUCAUGAAGUUAGAGAGUCGAGAGUUUGGAGACAUUCUACAGUGGAACUUCACUGAAAGUCAUUACAACCUGUCCCUAAAGGAACGCUGCUUCCUGGAAUGGCUUCAAUAUCACAUCCCUUGGGUGGAAUUUAUAUUCAAAGGAGAUGAUGAUGAAUAUGUGAAUCCCUAUGCUGUGGUGAAGUACAUAAAGGAACAUGGCUCCUCGCCUCUCACAUUACACGGCUACCUGCGUCCUCAUUCAGCCGUUAUGCGUCACACCAAAUACCGCAUUUCAAGGGAUCUCUAUCCUUUCUAUUUAUAUCCCAACUUCCUCUCCGGGGCGGGCUUUCUGUUCCCAGGGACCACGGUGAAGAAGCUGUACAACGCAUCCAAGAAAAUCCCUGUUUUCCCAUUGGACGAUGUGUAUUUUGGGUUCUUGACUUUAGCAGCAAAUCUAACCUUUCGCCACGAUGAACGGUUCCAUGUGUAUGGAUUGGCCUAUAACUUGUGCAGGUACCAGCAGGCUCUAGUGAUUCAUGGGAUUGGGCCAGAACGUAUGAUGAAAAUAUACAAUGAGGUGCAGAAAGCACAGUGCAAGGACUGAGAC